AUGAAGCCUCGUAAAUCAGUGCUUGGUUAUUUUGGAAGUGUGUUUGGACUGAAAUCUAAUGACACAACGACCACACCUCCAAAAGUCGAAGAAAAACCAAUAACAAGAGAGGAUUUCCAUAGCGAUGAACAAUAUCAACUAUUUUUGCAGUUGAAAGAACAAUGGGAAACCUUUUUGAAAGAUUCUUCAUUAUAUUCCGAAACUGAUACAGCUAUUUAUUCCAUCAUUACCCUAUUCCAUAAAGUAUUCUACAAUCAGAACAUGUUUCAACAUCACUUUCAUCAAAUUUUUAAAAACACACAAACAUUCACAUCAACAGUCACCUAUCGAUUGAAAAAAGAUAUCGAGAAUGCUUUAAAGGAAACUCCUUCAAUCCCUCCACCAUCUCCAUUUAAUAUAUCACAACAAGAUUUUGAUCCAAAUAACGUUCAAGACAUUGGAAAUCGCAAUGUCAAACUCUCUCUUAUGCACUACUUGAUUUCACGAGAAAAACACUCAUCCGAUAUUGUCAACACUUUAAUCAUGUUGAUUUCAAACCAUGAAGAAGUUGUAGCACCAUUUGUUAUUGAUUUCAAAAUAAUUUCACUUGUUAUCAACAUUUUAGAAAUUGUUGCUCAAAUCAACUCGAACGACAUUGAAGAUUAUGAUAACAAGUUUUCUCAUGUUGACUCUCAUCAAAAUCUAUUACUAGACACUUUAGAAGAUGAUAACAAACAAAAUGUCAAGAAACAAUUAACAACCAAAGAGUGUCUCGAAGUGUCAUGUCAACAACUUGUUUCGUUUGUUCAUCACUGUCUCAACAAUAGAGAGUUGUUUGACACUCUAAAACUCAGCGAUGAUGUAUUGACAUUGAUAAGAAUAUUAACAAGUUGUCGAAGUGAAGAAGGUUUUAACUUUGCACAAAAGUUAGCACUUGACCUUUUAUUUGCACUUCUCAUCAAAACUGAUUUGGCAUUGGUGGAUAGCUUCCAUAAGAAGAAGAUUAUACAUCUUCUCUUAGAUUCAUUAAGUAUGAUCAAGUCUAAAAAUUAUCUCAAUAUUUGCUCAAUUAUUGAAACAUUGGUAUCACUUUUAAAACAAACAGUUUCCAUCUCUCCAUUGCUAUACAGAGAUUUCAAUGAUGCCAAUGGUCAUUUAAUCAUGCAAGAAGCUCUUAUUGAAUGCGAAUCAAAAUUUGAACAAGAUACUUCAACCAUGAAAGUCGCACUUCACAACUUUAGUGAUUUGUUAUGUGUUGGUGAAAGAGCCAUAGAACCACCUCUCGAUUAUUUGCAACAAUUGAAUGUUACUACGAGUAUCAAUGCCAACAAUGAAAGAAGAAUUAAGAACAUGACCAUCUAUCAGUCCAUGAUUAAUAUUUUCCUAAAAUGUAAUACUGAUAGUUUGAAACAAGAAAUUGUUGAAAUAUUACUUGUUACGUUUGCUGAUAAUAGUAUGAAUUAUCCAUCAGUACAUCAUUUACAUAAUGUAGCCUUACUCACUCGAAGUUUACCCGAUUUCUCUGAAAAGAUUCAACAAGCGGUAUUGAAACUCAUCGAAUUCAUUUUUGCUGGACUCAACUUUGCUCCAUUAGAAGAAUUAAAAAUGCUUGGUGAAUUGAUGAGUAGUAGAGAAGCAGCACCUAAAUUAGUAUUGAAUGUACUUGUAUUGAUUAACAAGUUACUCAAUUUUGAUUCGAGAUUCAGUACGAGAUUUAAAGAAGCAGGACUCUUUGAUAAGAUUAUAUUCUUAUUACGUGAUGAGUUUGAAGGAGUGUUAACUUUGGGAGAAUAUAAGGAUAAGGAGGAAAGAACCAAUGUUCUUUUAAAACUUCUCGAUUUAACAAUUCAAGUAUUAAUUUCCAUGCUUCAAAAAUCAAACGAUAACAUUAAGGCUUUUAGAGAGGCAGGGGUUGCUGCAUUGAAGGUCUUUCAUACCAUCAUUGUUCAAGACACUUCUCAACAAAGUAUUGAUGUUUCAGUUUUGGUUGAAAUUUUACAAACAUCCAAACGAUCCAACAUUCCUCUCAAAAUUGCAAUUUUUAAUGCUCUUACCAAAAUGUUCAAGAGCAAUGAGAGAGCAAAAGAUUCCUUUAGAGAUGCUGGUUUUGUAGCAAGUGUAUCUAUUCUCAUUAAUACUCCAUGUCCUACCCUUUCCAUACUCUCAAAACAAUUGAACAAGUUGCUAGAAGAUUCAUCAUCCUCAGCUGAGGAUACUCCCAAAGUUGAAGAUGAAGAAAUGUAUGAACAAUCCGAUAUUGUGAAAUUGAUGCAAUCCAUGUUUACAGCUCUUGCCACUUCCCUACAAAAUCAUCCAAGAAACAAGUUAUCGUUUUUACCAACAGUCGGAGAGAAUGGUAUGAUUGAUGCUCUCAAUGUCAAUGGAAUUAUGAAUACUGAUCAUAGAAAGGAAGUAUUUCAAUGUUUAAUUGAUUUUGCUACUGAGAGAUGUAUUGAAGAAUUUGAUGCAGCCAAUCAAACCACAGCGACUUCUUUCAAUAGUAUUUCUUCAGGAAGUUUGACGAGUUUGAGUUCUUCAUCCUCAACAACAAUAGCCACAACCACAUCCACAACAACAUCCUCAACAACAAUGUCAACCACAACAACCUCAACAACAACCAACAACAACAAUUCAACACCAUCCAAAUCCACCCAUAUUGUGAAUACGAAUGAACUCUAUAUGAACAUUGGUGGAUUACUCGUUACUAGAUGUCCAGUUCUACACAAUCCAUUUGGUUUAAUAUUUUGUUUAAAACUUCUUCAUCAUGCCAAUGAAGAUUUACAACUUGCAGUACUCAAAGUGAUUGAACUCAUGUUAAAGAUUGGACCACUCAAUCUCGAAGGUUUAUCCAACAUUAAGAUUGUUGAUUUUAUUUUAGAUCACUUGUAUUCACAAAUGGUAGAUACCAAUCACAAAUUUAGUUCUACUCUUCUCAAUAUUUGUGAAAAAGUAGCAUGUUACAGAUUAUCACAAUUGGAAUGGAGAAAAUUACUUUCUAUUUUUGCUGAUAAGGAUCAUCCUCCAUGCAUGUUGAAACUUGUAAUGAAUGCUGCAAAGAAAGGUCUGAGCACUCCAUUCAUUGAACUUCGACCAGGUUCAGAAUGUCCCAUUCAACAACUCACAGACAAGACAUGGAACAGUUCAAUGACUGCAGGUUAUACAUUUUCAUGUUGGUUCUAUCGAUCCAAUGAUAUUGCAUCAACUCCAAAGAAGAGACUCUUUCAUUCUCAUCAGAGAACUUCCUCCAAUGCCACCAAGAGACUUUCAUCGACUAAUUUUUCCGAUGUGAAUGUGUUCAUUUUAUUGAAUAUUCAUUCGGACGAUGGAAAAUCAUUUUUACAAUUUCAUUUACGACCUGAUGGAUAUCUUGAAUUCCAAAAUGGCCCAAAAUCAAAGAGAAUACUCUUUUCAAAAUGUAAAUUUGAAGCAGAUCGAUGGUAUCAUUUGGUCAUCUCUCAUCAGAGAAAUCGAUUGUCGAGUAGUGUCAUGACUGUCUAUGUGGAUGGUAAAAUGGAAGAAUCUCAAAAAGUUGGAUUUAUUAAUCCAUAUGCUGCAGGUUCCAAAGUGAAUGGACUGUUAGGAAAGAAUUUUACCGAUAGUAUUGAUAAUUGGAGAAUUGGGCCUUCAUUCCUCUAUGAAGAUGUUUUAUAUCCUGAAGCAGUAGCUUCGAUCUAUGUUGCAAAUAAUACCUAUACAGGUUAUUUCCAAGGAAAUUACACACCACAUAUGGAUCUACUCACUUAUCAUCUCUAUCCUAAUUAUAUUCGUCUUUUGCAGAGAGUAGAAACUAAGAGAAAUAUUUCCACUGAAAGUGAAGCUAAAGAAAAUAGCAUUACAGUAUCAUCUUUUAAAUUAUCUCCAGAUAAGAUUGUGUUUGCAUUCAAUGCUCUCAAUCAUUCAUUGCGAUCAUUGGAUCCUCACGACACGAGAAAUAACGCUCUCGUCGUCAUGGAAAGUGUACACAAUGAAAAGAAGACACCCAAAGUUCUUCUCUCCAAUUUAUCACGUGCUUAUGUGUGUUGUCCAACUUCACUUUCGGAUAAUAUUCUCAAUUCAGAUGGAAUUGUAGUCAUUUUGGCAUUGAUUGAACGAAGUGAAUCCUCUCAAGCUCUCUAUGAUUCAUUACUUUUACUGUACAAUACCAUGAUGGACUCACCCUUACAAAUUGAUGAAGUGGAACGAAUUUCAGGUUAUGAUAUUAUUGCUGGUUUUAUUAGAAAAAAGACCAAUCUUUUGGAUACUAAAAUUUUGCAAUUACUCUUCGAGUUUGUCUUGAUGGGAAGUGGAGAUCAAAAGGAAAUUGUUACGAAUUUGAAAGCAUUUAUUUGUUUAAUCAUUGAUUAUGAUAUUUGGAGAAAGACAGAUCUUUCCAUUCAAAUUGAACUCUUCAAGAAAAUUAAGAGUUUAAUUGCAGAUAGUUAUUAUUCACAUUGGAAUGUCAUUAGACUCAAAACCACUGGUAUCGUUAACAAAUUGUUACACAUUUUGAAUGAGUCUCCUUCGGUCCAAAUUGUAGAACUCAUUGUCGAUGCUUUACAUUUGUUAUUCAAACAUCGAAUGUCCGACAAUGAUAUGAUUUCAGUUUCAAACUUUAUUAUGAACUCGUUAGAUGAUUCAGCAUUAAUUUCUAAAAAACGAAGUUCAAGUUGGGUCAUGAUUAGUCCAAGAAAUUCGAGCACUUGUCUACCACAAGUUUCAUCACUCUCUGAGAUGAGUUCUGUGAGUGCUAUGACCACUACUACUACUACUGGUACUACUACUACUGGUACUGGUACUACUUCUACUAGUAUGAAUAGUAGUAAUUCUCGAAAAUUGAAACGACAAAGUAUCACGACCAUGACCUUGACCAAUGUUGCCUCUCGAAAUUUACUAUUGCGAGUCAUUUAUGAUUUGGCAAGUCGAGAUGAAAAGUAUCUUGAAUUAUUCUCGAAACAUGUGGAUGAUGUAUGGUUUUAUCAAUUUGUGAAUGAAAAAACUCAUCCAAUAUCAUUGAUAUUAUCCUUACAACUUUUAUCAUUACUUUUAUUACAAGGAAAGAUCAAACCAGAUAAUAUUUUACCAAGUUUGAGAAGAGGAUUAAUUCCAUAUUGUAAUCAACCAGAUGUUUAUUAUACCUUGUUACUACUCAUGACAAGAACUAUUUUCACCUAUCCAGAAGGAACAUUCUCAUCGGAACAAGAUUUAAAGGAUUCUCUGGAUCAAAUUUCAAAAAUGUUCCUUGAAAAGAGUGCACUGACAGAUAUUAUUUUCUAUAAGGAUGUCAUUCCAAUACUAUUGGAGUUAUUGAAUCAUAAUUAUGCUCCAACUGCAGAGAGUGCACUGUAUGGAGAAGUUUCUGCUGUUCAUUAUUUUGCCAAAUUCAAGAAUGAAGAAAAGACAUUGGAAGCCUCUCGUCGAUGGACCUUAUUGAGAAAUGUUGUGAUCAAGUCAUCAUCAUCUUCAUCUUCAUCAACAACAACAACAUUCAAUAGUACUAAUAAUAAUAGUAGUACUAAUAAUAAUAGUAGUACUAAUAAUAGUAGUAGUACUAACGAUUCACAACCUUCAUCAAGCAAUAAUACAUUAGAAAAUGACAAUACUCCACCAUCUGUAUCUGUAGUAUCGGUUGAACCACCUCCAUUGAAAUUAGAAGAGAGACCACGAGAGAAUAAGAUUACCGAAGAAAUUCUUUCGUUAUUGAAGAGAAUGUGGAGUUCUUCGAAUGAUCUCAAAACUCAUUUCAGAAAGUAUGAAAGUAUUCAAGCAUUGAGUCAAAUUGUGUUUUCUUUAGAAAUUAAUAGAAAACCUAAAACAGAUAUUGAUAAUUUUCUGAAUCAUCCCAUUGCCAUUUCGGUAUUGUCCAUGAUUCGAGCCAUUGCAAGAUUUGAAUUUUCAACCGCUUCCAAAGCUGUUCAAGUCGUUGAAGAUAUUUUGAGAGCAGUUCCACUGAAUAUUGUGAGUGAGCAAUCCAUCACAUGGUAUCGACGUUCCAUUCUAUCUUCACUCAUCAAGGUUUAUUCCAGUGAUAAGGUCAUGUCAUGGGCUCAAGCGAAAGAUAGCAAACUUGCAGGAAAUUUAUCAUUGUUGGCAUCGUUUGUUGUGGACAUGCAUUACGCUUCCGUACUUCCAUUGACAAGUUAUGUUGAAACUUUGAAUUUUAUUGUUCAAGUAGUUUCCAUCGUCAAAGUCAUUGAAGAACCAUCCAAGACGAUUUCAUUAUCGAGUUUUUUUAGUUCCAAUGCUGCCAUGAAGAAGGAAGGAACAUUACCAUUCUCUCUGAGAUCAUUGAAUCGAAUGAUUUUAUAUACCUUCUUACAAGUAUCAUCUGAAGAAUUUACUGAAAAAGUACUUGGUACCAUGUUAGAAACACGUGCAUUCCUCUCAACAUUGGAUACUUGCAAUUUGGAUUAUGAAUAUUUUUCAUCCAUCUUUGCCGUAUUAUUCAAUUUGAUGAAUGAUGGAUCUCCUAAAAUCAAAGAUACUGCAGUCAAGUUAUGGAAAUUAAUUGUUGCAGCACAACAUGAUACGAAUUUACUUCCAACGAUAUUCCUAAUACCAAAAGACUCGAAAACUACGGGUGGUAGUAGUUCUAGUGGUGGUAGUAGUUCUAGUGGUGGUGGUAAUUCUAGUGGUAAUGGUAAUACUAGUAGUAGUAGUACAAGUGGUAAUAAUGUCGAUUCACAACAACUAGUCUCUAAUGAAUUUGUCGAAGGUUUUAGAAAGUUAUUAGAUUCUGAUGUGAAUAACUUUAUGAAAUGGUUCACUGAGAAUUUUGAUCGUAUUUCUGAAUUUUUCAAUAACAAUCUUGCCAAUACUCUCACUUCCUAUAUCGAAAGUGAGAAUAAGCAUACUCAAUCCGUAUUAACAUUAUUGCAAAAUGAUUUGAGAUCUCGAUCCUCUUCAAAGAGUGAAAGAAAACUUGGGGAAGGUGCAACGUAUUUGAUUGGAGCUGCAAAAUCUCAACUUCGAACAGUCAUUGAAAUGGAAGAAGAACGAAAUCAAAUGCUCAUUGAAGAGAGUAUUAUUCGAAUCAAAUUUGCAAUGGAUACUUGGAUGAAUUUGUAUGACUUGUUAUUUAUGGAACGUGGCACAUGGUCUCAUAGAGCCAAUCAAAAAUCAAAUCAAUCGUUACUUGCUUGGAGAUUGGACUCUACAGAAGGACCAAAGAGAAUGAGAAUUAAGCUUGAACAAUUCCAUUUAGAAAAGGCCUAUGAAGUUGCUAUUCAAUCCAAUCCUUUGAGAGAACAAUAUUCUGUGGUUGGAAGAAAAUCUGCAAGGACUAGUCCUUCUGUGGGUGGUAGUGGUGGUACAAGUGGUACGAAUAGUAGUAGUAGUAGUACCAGUGGUGGUAGUGGUGGUGGAUCGGUCAAUACUCUAUUGAUGGAUAUGAGUGGUAUGGAAAUGACCACGACCACAACCACAACCACAACCACAAACCUGACCACAAACUUGACCACAACAGAAAAGAAAAAGGAUGCACUUUUGGAUCAAUUUGAAAAAUUCCAAGAAUGGAGUUAUCUCUCUCCUGCUAAACCUCGUCCUAUUACAUCAUCAAAGAGAGAGGAUGAAUUGGAUCUCACUCUUCCAUCCAAUAUCAUUACUUUGGAUGCUAAUGAUGUCUCUUUAGAACUCACUCCAACACCUCUUAAUCGAUCUUCUUCGAAACAACCCUUUGAUCAAGACACUACUUUGGAUGAAAGUUUAAGUGAUACGACUCAUGAAGGAACUGCAGAUACCAAUCUUGAUGCUGUUACAGCUGAUGAUAUUGAUGAUGAUUUAUUAUAUGAAGAUGAAAUGGGAGAAGACUUUAAGAUUAGAAAAUUAAUUGAACCAGGAGAUGGUAUUUUAUUCAUUUAUAAUUCAUUGAGAAUUAAUGGAUUGGAUGGUCAAAAAUCAUUAUUUGUGAUUUGUAAAAACAAUGCCUACAUUAUUGAUAAUUAUGUCAUGACGGAUGAUGACAAGUUAAUAGAAGUGAAAGGAGAUCAUUCAACAUUGAUUGAAACAAGUCCACCAAGUACUACCAAUACCAAUACCAAUACCAAUACUACAACAACAACAAAUACUACUACCAAUACUACUACCAAUACAACCACAACAACAACAACUCUAGAAAAUUCUACACCAGACAUUUCUCAUGAAACUAUCAAAAUUCCACUCGCUGAAAUCAAUGACGUGCUAAAACGAAGAUAUCUAUUGAGAGAGACUGCUGUUGAAAUUUUCUGUAGUGAUGGUCGUAAUUUCUUCCUAGUCUUUGAAAAGGCAGACAUGUACAAGGUUCAUGAAAAAUUGAAACUUUCAGAUCAUAUCAAACACAAUAAGAAGUCAUUCCCAUCUCUCAAAGUCAUGCAAAUGAAAUGGCAAAAAGGAGAAGUUGAUAAUUUUGAAUAUUUAAUGUAUUUGAACACAUUGGCUGGAAGAUCAUUCAAUGAUCUCACUCAAUAUCCCAUCUUCCCAUGGGUACUCUCUGAUUACAAUAGUGAAGAAUUGAAUUUCAAUGAUCCAAAAAUUUAUAGAGAUUUAUCCAAACCCAUGGGUGCCAUUGAUGAAACUCGUGCCAAAAUGUUCCGUGAGAGAUAUCAGAGUUGGUGUGAUCCCUAUAUUCCUAAAUUCCAUUAUGGUUCACAUUACAGUAGUGCUGGUAUUGUAUUGUAUUACAUGUUGAGAAUUGAACCUUAUACUUCUCAAUGUGUCGAGUUGCAAGGUGGUAAAUUUGAUAUUGCAGAUCGAAUGUUUCAUUCGAUUAAAGAGACAUGGGAAUCUGCCAGCACGGAUUUCUCACUCUCGGAUGUGAAAGAACUCAUUCCUGAAUUUUACUUUUUACCAGAAUUUUUAAUGAAUAAGAAUAAUGUUCAAUUUGGACUCAAACAAAAUGGAAAUCCAGUGAAUCAAGUAGAAUUACCACCAUGGGCUCAUAAUAAUCCUCAAUAUUUUGUACGAAUGAUGAGAAGAGCAUUAGAAAGUGAUUAUGUUUCAGAACAUUUGAAUGAAUGGAUUGAUUUAAUAUUUGGAUACAAACAACGAGGUCCUGAUGCUGAAAAGGCACUCAAUGUAUUCUUUUAUUUAACGUAUGAAGGAUCUGUAGAUAUUGAUAACAUUUCGAAUGAGGUUGAAAAGAGAGCCAUCAUUGCACAAAUUAGUAACUUUGGUAAUACACCUCAACAACUCUUUACGAAACCUCAUCCUAGAAGAAAUACGAAUCAAUUAUUAGAACGGCAAUUAACAUUAUCUCCUACUUUGGAAGCAGUUCAAGAUUCAUUUUUGGGUGUUGGAGUAGCAGGUUCAGGUUCAGUUGUAGCAGGAGGUUCAGGUUCAGCAGGAGGUUCAGCAGUAGCAGGUUCAGGUGUAGCAGGUUCAGUUGUAGCAGUAGCAGGAGGUUCAGGUGUAGCAGGAGGUUCAAAUAGUACUACUACCAUUGAUCCAACAACCAUCAUGUCCACUACUACUAGUAGCAAUGAAAAUCCUUCCAAUGGUAAUGAAACCAUUUCAACAGAUGUUCAAAUGAGUAAUUCGACUCUUGUUUCUGGAGCCAAUGUCAUUAGUAAUUUGGUAUGGAAUCCAGUAGUUACUACGACUACUACGACUACUACUACUAGUUUACAACAACUUGCAAGUUACAAGAAAUCAAUAGAUACCAAUCUUGUGACCAUUUCAUUCCUCAAAUUGAAGGGUAUUGUUGCUGAUGAUGUAACCUAUGUCAAUGAUUAUGGAAGUAGUAGUAUUGUAUCAGAAUUACAAACUGGUAUUGUUACACCCUCAUUGAGUGCUACUCUUGGCAAAUUAACAGGAAGAUUUAAUAAGGCAUUAACAUUGAAAGAUUCAUUGUCUUUGACCAUUCCAUCAGAAACUACUAUGAAUCAUUCAUUAUCCAUGACAAGUCCAUUCUCAGGACAAUUAUUGGAAUUGGCAACUCCACAAUCAUGGGGAAGUUUAGCCAUUGGACAAAUUUCACUCACUCAAAAACAAUUAGUGAAUGGUAUUGUGGCUGUCAAUAAGAAUUGUUUCUUUGCAGAUUCCAAGUGCUCCAAGUACUAUUCGUAUGGUCAUUCUGAUUUUUCAUUGCGAUUAUUUAAAGACAGUAAUAGUGAAACACCAAUGGCAGUUCAUGAACGAUUACAUACUUCACAAAUCAGUUAUGCAACCAUUACCAAAGAUUAUCAAGUGCUUGUGAGUGGAGGUGAAGAUAGUGUGGUGAGUGUUUUCAAGAUUAAGAAACACAAAAAGUCAGAAACUUUGGAAAUUCAAAAGAGAUUGUGUGGCCAUACCGAUAAGAUUUCAUACAUUGCAGCAAGUGCAGAAUUUAAUAUUAUUGUGAGUGGAAGUUAUGACUCGACAUGUAUUGUUUGGGAUUUGAGUCGACUCAAAUAUGUUCGAGAAUUGGCAAUGCCAUCUGAUGAUGUUGAAAAUAAGCCAAUUUCAUGCAUUUCUAUAUGUCCAACCACUGGUCAAAUUAUUGUUUGUCAAUGGACGAGGAUCACAGUCUAUGCCAUCAAUGGAGAUAUUUUAGCAACAAAGAAUAUUGGACGUGCUCCAAUUACGACUGUCACUAAAUUAACAAAUCCCCAUGACGGUAGAGAGUUGCUGUUUGUGGGUCACAGUAAUGGAGAGAUUGAUAUUUUGGAUAUGGAAUAUGUCUUGUCUUUUGAAACACAGAGAAAGGAACUCACUUUGACCAAGAUUCAUGCACUCAAGGAUCACAAAUCCUCUGUGACCUAUCUCUAUAUCACUCCAGAUAUGAAGAAACUUUACAGUGGUGGUGAAGAUGGUGUGGUUUGGAAAUACACUGUUGCUAAUUAA